AUGUCGGCCCAGCCACCCUCUGGAGGGUACUCUCUCUUUCCGAACCCCAACACCAAGCCUCCAACAGUACGGAGACCCCCAUCUCGAACCCGAACUUCAGAGUCCCGCGAACGCUCGCGGACCCGGGCUGUGUCUCCAGAGACCGUUCACCCCGUUGACUCGGCGUCCUCACCGCGCCAUGAAAGACAGACGCCGCAGCAAAGAAUGCAAUCACCUGUAGAGCGCUCGCAAACCCCACAAGAUGCUCGACGACCUCCACUGAGCGAUCCCCAAAACUCGCCGAGCAAUCGUGAACUGCCGGCAUUGCCUCGGGAAGCGGCUGUUUCUCCUAUUCAGAGACCAGCUCCCAUCGCAGACAUACCACCACGAUCAGACACGGCUUUCUCUCAGGCACAAACUUUGGCAAGAAGCAACAGCCACCGCUCCCGUAGCUCCAUAGCAAAGCUUCCUCUGCCACAUGAGUCCUCAUCAUCGGCACAAGAGCAGACUGCACUACGGUCAAUCUUCCCCCAGUACAACCCAGAAGUGUCACUCGACCAACAACAGUACUUCCCGACUCAGACCAGCCCAACUCAUAUCCCAAGGGCCGUAAUCAACCGCACAACAUGGUACCCGGAACCAGAAGAGGAGGGUCGCGAGCAGCAGCAUAGAAGCCCUGUGAGAAGCGCUAUGAGCAAUGAUUCUGCUCCUAGGUGGCCCAGAAGGAGGAUCGAGCCCCCCAUCAUCCCCAAUACUUCCACGAAUGAGCAGAUGAAGAGCCUGUGGAAGGUUGCCAACGGCUGGAAAGCUUCGUCUUCAGAAGGCAGGGUAUACUGUAUGAAGCUGUCCCAGGAAAAGGAUGCACCAAUCUAUACCUUGUCCUCGACAUCGCAGCCAUUCUACAGCCUCAGACUUGAUCCCACAUCGGCAUCAGCCUAUGUUACCGUCAACCGGCAUGAUCCUAAUAAGAUUUACAAAGCUCCGAGCCCGACGGCCAGCUCGUCGGCGAGUAGCAUUCUUAGUGGCGUCGUUGGCCACAAGGACAACGGCAAGGGGGCCGAGAACAAGCACUGGCAGGAAGUUCUCGCCACCACUCUAGAAGAGGAGUCUCGUAAGCACCCACCCAACGAUGGCCUCGUCGCUCUUCUCUACCCCCAGGCGGCUGCCAAGAUGGCUCUGGAUAGAGCCGACGAUAUGACAGCCGUCGUCACUGCAGAGACGGAGUGCGCUCGUCUUGUCUGGGAUGACGACACGAGCUCGCACUUCCUCGUACAUCCGGCGCUGGCUACGCCCUUCUGCGUUACUAUCGAGCGCUCGCCCGCCUGGAGCCGGGUCGAGUACACGCUUGAACACCAUGAGUCGCCGCAACACCUCGCCAAGCUGACCCGUGACGGGACAGGCGGCGGCUGGCUUGAGGUCGACACGGCAAUUGCAUCUAAAAUCGACAGCUUCUUCAUUGUUGACGUCGCCGUCACAGCACUGCUGCUGGUUGCAGCAGGCGACGAGAAGAACUUCAAGGUCGAGACAUUUGAGCCCCCUCCCGCCCCGCGCGAGCCUGCGGGUGGUGAGCGCCGGCUGAGCAAGCGGGAGGAAAAGAAGCGGGCCGCCGCAGCGCGGAAGGGUAAGAUGGAGGAGUUUGAAAUUGACGUUGAGAGCCAAGACAGCAGCUUCGCGAAGCUGGAGCAGGUGGGCAAAGAGACGCGUGAUAGGCUGCCUUGGCCGCUGAGGGCACUUUUCAAGCUCUUGUCUGGGCUGUUCAAGUGCUUCGUGUGGGUGCUGACGAUAGGCUUCAAGGCGCUCGCAAUGAUUGUCAAGGGGCUGGCGAGAUGCGUUGGCGUGAAGUCAAAAUAA